GCCAAAAGCAGUAGCUCAAUGUUAUUUUGUGUUGAGCCUAUUAUUUUAAGAUUUGCUUUGAAAACUAUACAUAUUCCAUUCUAUGCCACAAAUGGCACAUAAAUAUAGAUAUGUAUAGCAAACAAGUGAACAUUUAGAAUUGUAAUCAUCACUUCAGCUAGCAUCAGACUUUAAAUAACAUUAUUUCCUUUUAAACUUGAAGCUUUGAAAAUCUUUCUUUUUGCAUUGGGACAGAAAUUAUUAUGACAAAGACUCUUUUAAAGAUACAUAGAUACAAGAUCAUGUUAUUCAUCUGAAGAAACAGACAGAAUGAGUUUGAUAAACGACAGUGUGUUGUUACACUGGUAAUGCCAGGAGAGGCAGUAUCGGUUCUGUAAGAAAGUGGAAGAAGAGAGCGUCCUGCAGGAGGCAGUGAACGGACACUGAUGUUAUGAACAUGUGGCUAAGAGAAGGUUCAGAAAACAAGUAGCAACAAUAUUCCUGUGUGAGGCUCAGUCAUUUCAUUUUUAUUUUUUGAAGAUGCAACAUCCUAAAGGUGUAUAUAGAAAACAUGUUGAUCCUGAAGCAUUGAUUGAAGCUUCUCGGGUAGAUUUGGCCUUUCCAUUGGGAAUUUAACAUCUCAUACAAAGUUAAAGACUUUUAUUUGAGUUUGGUAGAAUUCUAUUUCAAAGAAAAACAAGACUCUCUGCUAAGUGGAUGACAUCAUGCUCCAUUUGCACUCCAUGACAUCAAACUCCAGAUCAAAGGAUCAAAAGGAAAUUGAGCAAUAACAUUCUCUCAAAAGUCCUUAAGUAGGACACCAGCAUGCACUCAGUAUGUCUCAGAACUGUGCAACUGUAUAGGAACACACCACGAGCCAUCCUCUAGACAAAGAUUUGACACAUUCAGUGUAUGCAACAAAACACAAACCCAAACCCCGAUCGAAUAGAAAAAAAUAUCAUUCGACACUGUAAGACCGAAGACAAGAGAAAUGCAACAUAUGCAGCAAAAUCUUGAUCCCCAGGAAGGGACCUCGCCGGCCGCUGUUCACCCUAAGCAGCAAAACCCAAACCAAAGAGGGAAAAACAAGGCACCAAAUGAGGGGACUCCAUCUGAUGCUGCCAAACAAAAGGGUGCAAACAAGAAGAAGAUGCAGAAAAAUGCAAACCCAAACCCCAGAGCCAAAAACCCUGGACCCAAUCGAGGGCCUUGGCCACAUCAGCCCAAUGCCCACUUUAAACCCAAUAAUGGGCCUGGGCAACAUUGGCAAAAUCCACAUUUUUUGCCAAAACAAGGGCGUGUGCCACAUCAGCCCCAUCCUGACCAUAACACCAACAAUGGGCCAUCUCAGCCACAGCCUCACUUAACACCAAAUGAUGGCAGUCGUCCAUACAAUGAGACUGAUGAACUGGGUGCGCUGAGAUUCCACCUGCAGGAGGCUCAGAAUAUGUGCAAAACCAAUUUUUAUAAAAUGACAGCUGCAAACCACAAAGCUGCUGCAGCUAAAACUCAGAAAGAUUGGCUUCGCUUUCAGCUACAGUGCUGCAGAGGAAAUGCUCAAAAAACCAUCCUUGAGCUCCAAACACAGCUGGAAGAGUCUCGUAGAAAGACACCCGAGGAGAACUUCACCCCUGAGGUGAGUGAGGCUCCUGUUGAAGACAGCAACACAGCUGUCACAGCUGCAGAGCUGAGUGUGGAUGCUUCAACACAAACUGCAGAAGCUCCACACACAGACUCUACAGAUGUGAAAACCGAUCGAGAAGCUGAGUUGGAGAUCCAGUGCAAAAAACAGCAAGAAGAGAUCGAACAACUCCGUGAGCAGCUCCUCAAAACUCAAAAGACUCUAGAAGAGGAAGUUGCAAAGCGUGAAGAUCAGGAACAAAGAGCCAACUGUGAGCUCGCUGAGCUGAAAGACAAACUCAGCACCAGUGAGGCUCUUUGUGAAAAAAAUGAUUUGAAGGCACAAAACUUAAAAGAAGAGCUGGAGAAAACCAAAGCUUCCCACCUGGAAAUCGUGGAGAAGCAAAACCUGGGGGACACAACAAUUUGCAACCAACUCGGGCAAACAGAAGAAGAAAAGAUCUCACUUCUGGAAUUUUUGCAGUAUCUGCAAGAGACAACCAAACCAGAAAGUCCAGAGGCCCGAGAAGACAAAGUGCCAAAAGAAAAACCAAAAAAGAAAACGAAGCGCAACUGGUUUUUGAGACUAUUCACUUAAGUGACUUCCACUCCGUCUCCUAUAAAAUCACAGUAAUAUACAACUAAAUAUUAACAGGCACUUCCAGUGCCUAAACAUCCAUUUAAAAGCAUAUUUGCUUUAAUAUUUAGUUGUGUAUAACUUUGUCAUCGGUUCCACCCCCCCCAACCGGUCGCGGCAGAUGGCCGCCCCUCCCUGAGCCUGGUUCUGCCGGAGGUUUCUACCUUUUGAAAGGUAGUUUUUCCUCCCCACUGUCGCCAAGUGCUUGCUCAUAGGGGAUUGUUGGGUUUUGUCUUUAGUUCAGUUCAAUUCAAUUCAUUUGUAUGUAAAUACUGUUGGAUUGAAUUGAACUGAACUAAAGAAGAUUUUUAGGAGACGGAGUAGUCUCUGAGUGAACCAGGGUAUUAUAACAUCUUACCCAUAAAAAACUACAACCAAUCAAAUAAACAAUUGGAUUUAACAAAACA